AUGAAUGAUAUAGGCGUUAAAAUAGCAGAAUCUCCGAAGGAUUUAUCGGGGGUUUCUCCUGCGCCAGAAAUUGGUGUCAACAAUGAAGUCGAUCCCUUGUCUAUAGAUGACUCCGAAGCAGGCAUUGCAAAAGAUCCCUUGAAUGUAGAGGAUAAUGUUGGAAUAGAGGAAAAGCCGGAAAGCUGUGAUGAAUAUGCCAAAGAAGAUAAUAUAAGUGAAAGCCAGACUAAUGAUAAUGACACUUCACAAUCAGAGAAGAUAAAAGAAGUUUUAUUAAAAGAGGAUAGUCCUAUAAAUUUGAUAGAUGAUAAAAAUGUGACAGAGGCAGUCAUUAUUGACGAGGCAAAACCAUCUGAGCCAGCUCCUGAUAAUUCAAUCACAGUGUCUAGUGAGAUUAACCAGCUACCCCAAGAAGUAAAAGAUUCCUUUACUAUAUCUAAGGUUAAGGAGAACAGUCCAAUAAAGGAAAUUACUUCAGUAGAAGUAGAGGAAGUGAAAGCUCAGCAGACUGACAUUGAUGUGGAAAUGACUGAGGUUGUAAAAUUGGAUGAAAAGAUUGAGAAAACUGAAGCUAAAAUAAACACACCAUCAAUAAAUGGAGAUGUUAUUAAGGAAGAGCAAGCAGCGAAAAGGAGAUUAAGUGAUGAAGUAGAUACAGAGUCUCCACUUAAAAAACUUUGCCAAGAGGUAGAAAAGACUUUUCCACAGCAUGACAUUAUGGUGAAUGACUACAUUCAGACAGCUACAAAAAACAAUGUUGAUGAAAUACAAAGGCAUACAGAACAAUUGCUAUCUGAAAUACAAACAUUACGGGAGCUAGCUCAAAAGAAAGAACAUGAAUGGAAUAAUAUAUUACAUCUAAAAAAAGUAAAAGAAGAAAUCCUAUUAAGGCUUCUAAGGCGUAAACAGGUUUUGUCUUUUGAGAAAUCGGCAGAUGUUAAUGGUGCAGAAAGAACUGAUCCCUUUGAGUAUUUAAAUCAAGCAAAAAAUCUAGCUAUAGACAAGAGCGACGAAAUCUCAGGAUUAGCAAUAAAACAGCCAAGUUCUGCAAUGGUGAACCCAAUUCUACAACCACCAGUAAUGCCUGUUACAACACAUUUCAAUCAUAUGUCAGGUUUACCACCACCAUAUGAUAAAGCCACUCACAUGCAAAGUAUGCCAAAGCCAGUAUUUCCACAACCAUUGAUGUUACCAGGUCCUAUGCCUGGGUUCCCAAGAGAUAUGAAUGGGCAGUUGCCAAACAGUUUUGGUAUGCCAAUGGGUCGCCAAGGGCCAACUAAAGAUGUAAAGUCUAUAAUAGCUGAUUAUAGACAGAGAAAUCCAGAAAUCACACCAAGACGGGGAAGGAGGAUGAAGUCUAUUUUGAACCCAAACAUGAUGAAUGCACCUCGACCUAUAGCUCCAAAGAUGGACGGUUUAAGUAAUUUUAACAAUCUCAAUAUGCUGUUCAAUAACCUGGAUAUGAACCAAAAGGCAAUGUUGGAAAGACUACAGCAGAUACAAGCUGGAGGAAUACCCAAUGGUCUUUCAUUCAAAGAUGUCCUGGUGCAGUUCGCUAAUAUGCAACAAGCCAACCCAAAUCUAAUGCCAGGUCAUAACAGGCCAAUGGAGGCUAUGCCAAAUAGACCAGAACACCAUAUAAGACCAGAUGGAAGACGAAGACAGGAGAGAAGUCAUGAAGAGCCUCAUGUUCCUAAACAAGUGGAAAGAUUGGCAUCCCCAAGUCCGAGACUCCCACCACCACCUCCGUACCCAGAAAUAUCGUUGUUGCCUGUUACGAGUCAAGAAACCUCACAAUCUCAAAAUUCUCUACUUCACGGAAUACUGACAAAGCAGGUGUCCCCUGCGUCUCAGAGUUUCUCCCCGACGUUGGCUAAACUGCUUACGUCGCCGGAAAGGAAACAGAGCGCGCCAACGUUGCCAAGUUUCGGUCAGGCCAAGAACUGUGGCGAGAUCACCAUAACCCCGGUGCAGCCGACUCCACCACCGCCUGAACCUCAGCAGGAGAAAACGGAGGAUGUUGUGCAGUUGGACGACGAGGAGAGUCCCGCAUCGGAGUGUUCUGGCGGGGCUUCCCCCGGCGGCUCGGGCUCCGGGCGCCUGGUCAUCGACGAGGGCGGCGACCCCGCCCCGCCAGACCCCGACGCGACUGAAGGCCCAGCUCCAGUUUGCCAGGGCUGCCGCCGUCGAGACGCGCAGUUUGUGUGCGCCGGGUGCGCCAACCAGUGGUACUGCAGCCGCGACUGUCAGGUGGCCGCAUGGGACGAACACUCCGAAAUGUGUUCCGGCUGA